AUGCUGGAUCCAGUGCCCAAACCUGGUGCAGGGGCAUGGGAGAGGCUGGUGUUCAGCCCCUGGGACCCAAACCUGGCAGGAUGGGGCAGUGCCAAGCCACAAGGCUGGAUUUGGCCCACAGACAGCCCCUGUGCCACACCUGGCUCGUGGGACGAAAACACUGAGAACCGCUGGUCUGUGGAUUGUAAGCCCCUUUUGGGCACUGGCUGCCUCACUGGUUGUACAGCACCUUGCAUAACUAGGCCACAGCACCUCUGCACCCCAGGUGCAAAUGAGUAGUCAAAUGACAGCCACUCCUCAACCUGAUCCCUGUUGUUCUUCUGCAGCUGGGAUCCAAUGUACCCUGGGGAGUCUUACUGACUGCCCGCCCCAAGCUGUGCCAUGGACUCCAUGUUCGAGGAUGACAUCAGCAUCCUCACCCAGGAGGCGCUGUGCCAAGAUGAGGAGUGGCUGGACAGCCCCAACACAGACCUUUCCAGUGAGAUGUGCUCUGCCUCACAUUUCGCCCUCAUCACAGCCUACGACGACAUCAAAAACCGCCUGACCAGCCUGGAGAGGGAGAACUCCACCCUGAAGAGGAGGCUGAAGAUGUACGAGAUCAAGUACCCAGUGAUUGGUGAGUUCGGGGAGGAGCACAUCUUCUCGGUCUAUGACAUGAAGGAAAGCUCCCUGCUGAAGAGCGAGAAGGCCAGCCUCCAACAGCAACUAAACCAAUUCCAGCAUGAGCUGCAGAAGAGCAAAGAGAGGGAGGAGCAGCUGGAUGAAAUGAUCCAGGCCUAUGAGAAGCUAUGUGUGGAGAAGACCGACCUGGAGUCAGAGCUGGGGGAGAUGAGAGCCUUGGUGGAAACGCACGUGAAUCGCAUCCGGAACCUGGAGCAGCAGCUGAGGCAGCGAGAUGGCAGCUCCUUCCAGAACCUUAACUCCCAGCUGCAGAACCAGGAGGUCCAGUACUUGUCACUCCAUGGCAGCCCUGCCUUGACGCAUGUGCUAGACCGCUCGAUGAGCUGGCAGAGCCCCCGGAGCCUGGAGCAGCCCAGCGAGCUGGAGGUGCGGAGGCUGGAGGCCCAGCUGGAGGAGGCCAGGCAGGAAGCCCAGCACUCACAGCACCGGGAGGAGCAGCUGAAGGGCGAGUGUGAGCAGCUGCAGGCUGAACUCAAGCAGCUGCAGGAGACUCGGGCACAGGACCUGGCAACCAGUCAGUCUGAGCGGGACAUGGCCUGGGUGAAGAAAGUCGGCGAUGAUCAGGUGAACCUGGCGUUGGCCUACACUGAGCUGACUGAGGAGUUGUGCCGGCUAAGGAAGCUCAGCUCCCUGCAGAGCCAGAUCCUCAGGACGCUGCUGCAAGAGCAGGCCAUCAACGGCGGCCAGAGGCACUCUCCGCUCUCACAGCGCCACUCUCCUGCCCAGCAGCGCCGCUCCCCCGCACCACAGUGCCCCUCUCCAGCUCAGCCGGGACGGUCCCCCGUCCCUCAGUGCCCCUCUCCUGCCCUGCAGCGGCGGUCUCCAGUCCCCCCCAGCCAGUCCCCUGCCCAACAACGUCGCUUGCCAGCGCCACCCCCUAGCCAGUCCCCUGCCCAGCAGCGUCGCUCUCCGGCACCCCCUCCCAGCCAGUCCCCUGCCCAGCAGCGUCGUUCUCCAGCUCCCUCCUGCCCAUCGCCUGCUUCCCAGCACAGGCCCCUGCCUGGCAGCGAAAGAAACGUGAUGGAUCUGGGGUACUCAAAGCCGUCGAGCCACCACAUCAAAGCCAGUUUCCAAGGCCGCCGCAGCUACUCAGAGGUGAGCGACGCUGCUAUGUAUCAGCAGAACCGCUCCCUGUGGCUGCAGCCUGAGGCCUCCACGCUACCAAAGCACCGUCCCUACGGCGAGGUUUACAUCGGGGGUGCCGGCGGCCCUCUGAGUGCCAGAGACGCCUUUGAGGAACACCUGCGCUUUGAGAAACAGUCCUCAGAUGAAGACGACUGGGCCGUCCCCAGCCCCCCCAGCCCCGAGGCUGGAGCUAUCCGCUGCGCCUCGUUCUGCGCUGGCUUCCCUAUCCCUGACCCCCCUGCACACCGGACAGCUGCCUCCUACUCCAGGGCUGAGCACGCACAGUCCUGGCCAUCAAUCAAUCUGCUGAUGGAGACGGUGGACUCUGACAUCCGAAGCUGCCCGCUGUGCCAGCUGGCCUUCCCCAUUGGUUACCCGGACGAUGCUUUGAUAAAGCACAUUGAUUCACACCUGGAGAACAGUAAGAUCUGAGGCUGCUCCUCUUCACUCCUCUUUCCAACUUCCUUACUAUGCCCUGGUCCCCUUUUGGAUGCUGCAUGAAAACUCGCGGAGCAACACGGCUCCCUAAAUACCUCCAAGUCUUCAGUAGCUACAGGACAGACUGAAUCACGAGUCUCGCCUCUCCCUCUCCCGCCUUGCCUCGUUUCUAAGUGGGCUUCUUUUCCCCUCCUCCUCCUCCCUGUCCCCUGGAAGAAUAGGAUCUGCAAUACCUUUUGAUGCUUGAACCAGCUGGGAGGAACUCUAGUCUGGGCACUGGAGGUCAAGCUGUUCAGCGUGGCUUCUGACAGAAGGAAUCAUCUGCCCUUCUCCGUAGGCCCCUUCACAGCUCUCGCUGCACAGUUUGGUUUCUCUGGAUGACCUCAGGGAGGAGGGAGUGAUGGAUCCCCCCACACAUGCCCUGAGUGGCAGGUGAACUGAGGGGCUGCCCCUUACUGACGUGCUCAGGUGAGAGGUAUGGAGAGUUUGCCUGUAAUUUUGUGCCCAUUGGGAAGGACCCAGAGGCUUGGAUCUCUCUCUCCCCUUUUCCUGGGGGUUUAAUUGUUACAGGGCUAGUUGAUUAUUUUGAGCAUUGGUCUUGACAAGUUUCAAACCAAUGCAUUUCAGCUACUUGCUGCUGGUUCGAGCGUCUUUCCAGUCUUUUACAUUAAAAGUCCCUUUCUCCUUGCAACAAUGCUGCCGAGAAAGGAAACCCACUUUGCAGAGGCCCAGCAUGGAAAUCCAGUAAUAUUGCACUGAACUCAAUGUUUGCUAGGGCCCGUGUCCUGGUCUCUGUGAUGUCAGUGGACACUUCCACCACUGACUCUGGCAAGACCUCGGUACAUCCCUGGUGCAUUUAUAUUCUCCUCAAUGUACUGUUUUCUCCUUCUUCAUACCAACACGUUGCUUUGAGUAGCUAGUUUUCAUAAACCCAGAAUACUCUUGUGUCCCACAUCAUGGUCACGAUGUCACCUCUCCUGCAGUCCCGUGAUGGCAUGUGAUACUGUCAUGGUGGCAUAAUGUUAAUUCCAUGGUGAUUACUGGUGUGGAUCCACGAUCCGCUAGCUCUCUCUGGCCUUACUGAGCAUAUCCGCAUUGUUGUGAUUGAAACCAAGUCUCUUUCAACUGGCCAGCUUUCCCCAACUCCCCAUGCACAUGGCUCGCACCAUGGGGACGGUCAUGAUGAAGGUAUGUAGAGUCUUUCAUCAAAACCACCCGUGAUGGGAAGACACCUUGGAUAUAUACCACAUCUCAUCACAUGACCCGGUUUUUGUUUUUUUGUUUCUUUGGGUAAAUCUAUGCUCCAUCAGGACCCUGCACAUUGGUAACAGUAUCGGUGUGGUUGAAAAGAACCAUCCACUGGGAAGGUGGGGACAGACCUUGGUGGCUCUGCUGGGCCAGAUCCUCAGCUGAUGUAACUCAGGAUUGCCCUUUUCAGGACAGUGGAUCUCCAGUGAACUCAUUGGAGCCAGGUCAGUUUACACCAUCUGUGGAUCUGGCCCUUUCCUUCAUUUUUCAGGCAUACCUACACUUGCCGCCCAAGUAGUGGAGAUGCCAUUGGCCUUCACCUUUCCUCCAACAUUGCCUUUGCCCCUUAUCAGCUUUCCUAGCUCAGCUGCAGAACCUCCAAAUAUUCAUCCAAACUGUUUUUCUGGGGGGAGGUGGGGGAAGGGAAGGGAGUGGAAGGGAAGGGAGAUCUCCUUCUCUAUUGGCAGUGCAUGAGCUGGGCUAUAGGGUUCACUCAUGGACGCUAGUGUCCACAAUGCAAUUCCUAGCAAACUGGCCCUUCCUCCCUGCUCUUCUGUCUAAAAUUGGGCCCAGUCCACUGCUACUGGGGCUGGAAUUGGAGCUAGACCUCUGAUAUGUUGAGGGUUAUGGGAAUCCAGGAGUUUGGCCUGGCCCUUCUCUCUUACUUCGUCGCCCCCUUUGAAUAUGGUCCCAGAAGUAGCAGGGCCAGCUCGUGGCUGAGAAGUCUCUGGGAAAUCCUGGUCUGAAGCCCAUAUUUUGGGAGGGGGUCCACAGGGUUGUGUGGGGGGCAGUCACAGUGCCUUUCACAGUUCAGUCAAAAGAGAAGCACAAGAAGGGAAGGAAGGAGAUGGAGAAGUCAUGAGGGUUCCCAGAGGCUGGGGCUGGGGCUUUGGUUAACCCUGAAGGGCUUCCUUAGAAUGGAAGUUGGCUCAGCUAGUUGCCCCCACCAGGCAGAGAGGGAGUGGCUAACUUGUGCUCAGUAUCACGUAAGUCUUUGCGCUAACCCCACAGCCAUGAACUCCCAGCACCCCAUUCCCAGUGCACAAGGGAUCAGUAAUACAGUACAAAAGGAGUAUUUCCUCUCACCAGGUAAAAGGACCAAACAACUUCCUGCCUAUAAGCUCUGCUCUCUUGCCCCACUCUUCCAUGGUCCUUAUACCCCUCUCUGCAUACCUUGUGGGCAUCAGAGCCUUCUAGCAACAAGGGGAAGCAACAGCUCCUUGCUUCAGAUACUUUUCAGAGGGGGUUUAUGCAGGCUCUGAGCUUCUAGCUAUGGAACAGAGGAUGCCCAGCAUCUCACAGGAUGAAACAAGGCACUCCACGCAGCCCAGGUAGAGGGCUUCAAACUUCUUCCACUGGUUUGUUGUUCUGCAGAGAUCAGAUCAGGGCCAACCUGCAGCCAAGGUUGUGACUGGCUUUGCAGUGAGCCUUGACCUCACUACCUGGGGGCUUAGACGUGCUCUGUGGCUAGGGCCCAAGCCCUGGGGAGAUGGAUUUCAGAAUUGCAAGCCUGUUAAAUUAGCAAUGGCUUGGAUGCUGAAAUUACUGGUGAGGUUUUGUGGCCUGUGUUACGUGUAACCAACACUCCUGCCCCACCCAAGGGCACGUCCAUGCAGAACCUGGGACUAGAUCACCAUCAUGAUCCAUUUUAGCCUCACAAUCUAUGAGUUGGAGAGGGAUUUCAGCCCCUACUUAGCUGUAGUGAAGCCAGAGCACCCUGGCUAAGAGGGUGCUGUGAGGUGCCACUCAGUGUUGCUACUGCUAGGGUAUGUCUACACA